CACCCGUAUUAUUCGUAUUAUUGCAGCCAUGUCGACAUACGGGACUACUCGACACCAUCAUUCACCGGCGGCGCAGGUAUUCUCUGCGCGUGAACGGAUCACAGACUAUCACACAACUCUAUUUCGAAGGCUCAUCUGGGACGGGACUGUUCCUCUUGAAAUUCGUGUCGAUACCAAGGAACUACCCGCCAACUCGGAUAGAGGCCUCGAGUCGUAUUUUAUCCAGGCUCCACGCGUCAGCUAUCUGCCGCUCUUGAUGCUAGAGAUUCGUCGAUUUUUCACCGACCUUGUUUUCGAUGAAACGUCGGCAAAAGAUCUCAAAGAUGAUGAUUGGUGGUUUGACACACCAGAUGGGACACUCCUCAAGUGGCAUUGGCCCAUUGGCCUCAUAUAUGAUAAUUAUACCAUCUCUUCAUCUGUAAAGAAUCCGACAUCUCUUCCAUCUUCAACGGUGACCCCGUUGCGUUUGAUGCUACAUCUUGCCUCUCCUCCUCAGGAUAAGCUACUUUUGUCGCCCAGUGCAGAAGCAUGCAAGCAGGCCUUUAUGGGCCAAUUAAAGGAGGCCGACUUCAUUCGAUGGGGAAAUACCAAACGAAUUACGGGACUUAGAAAACAGGAUCAGGAUGGCAUCUGGGAAGGGAUCAAAGAACAUAAUUUUGAUGACUAUUGGCGUGUUGCAUCGAAAGUGACCCCAACCUCAGCACCCAAUCGUACGCAGUCACCAGGGCCGCCACCAUCGUCAGCAUCGAUGCAUGCUCGUCCUCCAUCUGCAGAACCUUCGGGUUCAUCCGACCGUGAAGGCGCGUACAACGUGAGAAGUGUGCCUGUUAGGCUGUAUCUUCCUGAUGGACCUGUUAUACAAGACCUUGCACCUCCUCUUCUGGAAGACGGUACCCCCCAUACUUUGUCCCAUUAUCUGUCAAUACAUGUGCCCUUGCUUUUCCCUCCACGACCGCCUGCACCUCCGCCCUCACGGACGAAUCCUAAUCCUCAGCCGCCUCCUCUACUGCAAUUGGCAUACGUGUUAAUUCAGGGUGUAGUCACUCCCCUUGAAUCCGAAAUGGCGUGGCUUGGUGCCUGCAUGGCCGGUGCUGAUGGCUGGGUGAACGUAUGUGUCGGUAUUAAUAAUGGAUAAUUGUAAAAAUAUAGU